CUCUCUCUUCCCCUCUUUCUCCCCCUUCUCCCCCCUUCUCCCCCUCUCCCUCUUUUCAACCCUAAAUUCAUUCCUUAUUCAACACAAUCCGAUCAACCAGAACACCCAACGGUGAGGAAUAAUCCGGCCGCCGGAGUAUCUCCGGUCGGCGGCGUACCCCCGUCCGAUUUUGCGGCAACGACGCUAAUUUCUGAACUUUGUUCUAAUUUUACGGUCGAUCAAUUUUUUCAAACAAUUUGUUUUACAAUUUUCGAUCCUCCGAUUUAGGGGUUUGGUUAGUUUUGAAGAUCAAAAAUCAAACGCGGUAUCAACCUAUUGAGUUCGCGAAGUUUGAGAGGUUACAAUCCGAAUUGCAACAACAUAAGGUUGGAUGAUCUUGCAAUUGUCGUCUAGCUAUGACAUCAAGUACGAUAACUGGAGACCGAAGAUGGUCUUCUGCAAGAAGAGGGGGCAUGACAGUCUUGGGAAAAGUUGCUGUUCCUAAGCCUAUAAAUUUGCCUAGUAAAAGGUUGGAGAAUCAUGGUUUGGACCCCAAUGUGAAAAUUGUUCCCAAGGGCACACUUAAGUGGGGGAGUCGACCAUCAUCUUCCGGGUCAAAUGCAUGGGGUACAUCGGCGCUGUCACCAACUACUGAUAUGCCACACAUGCCACAUGUUCCACACUUGCAGCCUGGUAUGCCUAUGAGGCCUGUGUUUUAUCCCAGCCGUGUUCAUUGCGAUGGGUAUUACAGACCCCCGAAGGGAUUUUGUAAUACCAAUGAACGAGAUUUUCCACUCAUGGGAAUGCCAGCUGGACCUCCUAUUUAUAACAGACAUGCUAAUCAGAAUGCUCCUGAUAAAAACAAUGCCCAUCCCAGGUCACGGGAAGGUAGAGGGCCUGAACAAGUAGAGCCUGGUCAUCCACAGGAUCCCCGAGGACAUUUCAAAGUCUUAGGGCAUCCAAAUGAUAGCUGGGCUCGAAGCGAGGAAGAGAAGUUGGGCCAUAGUGGGACUAUCACUCGCGAGAAGGGGACUUUAUCUAAGGCACCGGUGCUGGAAAAUGCCUGGGAAGAUGAUUACAAGAAGGAUGAGGGUGGUCAUUAUGGUAAAAGUGCAACCAAAGAAAAUUACAAGAAGGAUGAGGGUGUUCAUUAUGGAAAAAGUGCAACCAAAGAAGUUGCUUCUUGUUUUGAUAAUAAAUUUGCCAAACGUUUGAGCAAUAUAGAUGAAACUCAGAUAAGUCCUACCACGGAGAAUGAAGUUUCUCCCCAAGAUCAUUCUUUGAUACAGAAGAUAGAAGGUUUAAAUGCUAAGACACAUUCCACUAGUCAAAAAGAGGAGGGUUUUCAUAGGGAGGGGCCAAAUGACAGGGUGCAAAUGAUCAAUGUCAAGGAUUAUCGAUCAGCAAAUGAAGCUAAUCCUGAUGUUGAUCUGGAACGCCAUCAUCCCACUGGUGUCCGUGUCCCUGUUUCACGUAGUAAAGAUGUUUUGGCAGCUGAUAGAAGUCGAGAAUCAUCAGUUGCCCCCAGAUGGGCUUCUGCAAGAAAAGGGGACUUGGCAGUCUUGGGGAAAGUUGCUGCUCCUAAGCCUAUAAAUUUGCCUAGUCAAAGGUUGGAGAAUCAUGGUUUGGACUCCAAUGUUAAAGUUGUUCCCAAAUGGGCUUCUGCAAGAAGAGGGGACAUGGCAGUCUUGGGAAAAGUUUCUGUUCCUAAGCCUAUAAAUUUGCCUAGUCAAAGGUUGGAGAAUCAUGGUUUGGACCCCAAUGUUGAAAUUGUUCCCAAAUGGGCUUCUGCAAGAAGAGAGGGCAUGACAGUCUUGGGAAAAGUUUCUGUUCCUAAGCCUGUAAAUUUGCCUAGUCAAAGGAGCACACUUAGUUGGGGGAGUCGACCAUCAUCUUCUGGGUCAAAUGCAUGGGGUACAUCGGCGCUGUCACCAACUACUGAUGGUAGUAGGCCAUCAACUGCUGGCAGUGACAGAGCUCAUGAUUCUAAUGGCAAUACCUGGGGUUCAAGUUCAAGGCCGUCAUCAUCCUCAGGGGUUUUGGCUUCCAACCAUGCUUCAUCAAUAUCUUUACGCCCUUACAGUGCUGAUACCAGACCUGGUAGCUCGCACUUAUCACGGUUUGCUGAACCUGCACUUGAAGGUCCCGGGGUCUGGGGUACAAACUCGGCUUCAGAACGAGUGGGAGUUGCAUCCUCUGCAAACGGAGAGUUCUCCUUGACUUCUGGAGAUUUUCAGACGCUUGGUUCAGAGAAAGACGAAUCUAACAUGGACAUGGAGCCUUUAGAUCGUGCUUCUCAUGGACGUCCUGGUUCCUCAGGUGGAAUGAGAACCAUGACAGAUGGUAGAGGAAUUGCACAUGGUGACGAUAUUUCCAGAAACUCAGAUGUCAAAGGUAAUUCUUGGAGGAAUGAUGGUCCUCCAUUUGUUGAAGAUGGGCCUCGGCCUAACAUGGAAAGAUGGCACGGAGAUCCUUACCUGUAUCCUAAUUAUGAAUCUUGGCGUGGUGCCCCACCAGUUAACCCUCCCGGAGGAGGUUGGUAUAGAGGCCCCCCUGGUCCUCCUCCUUAUGGUGGCCCUGUACCUCCUGGCGGCUUUCCUGUGGAGCCGUUUUCCUAUUAUCACCCUCAGGUUCCUGCUCAUGGUCUAGCCAGCUCUCAGCCAAUGCCCCCAGGUGCUGGUCAUCCUGGUAUGCCUAUGAGGCCUGGGUUUUAUCCCAGCCCUGUUCAUUACGAUGGGUAUUACAGACCCCCGAUGGGAUUUUGUAAUCCCAAUGAACGAGAUUCGCCAUUCAUGGGAAUGCCAGCUGGACCUCCUAUUUAUAACAGACAUGCAAAUCAGAAUGCUCCUGAUCAAAACAAUGGCCAUCCUAGAGCACGGGAAGGUAGAGGGCAUGAACAAGUAGUGUCUGGUCAUCCACAUGAAUCCCGUGGACACUUCAAAGUCUUAGGGCAUCCAAAUGAUAGCUGGAGUCAAAACGAGGAAGAGAAGUGGGGCCAUAGAGGGACUAUCACUCGCGAGAAUGGGAUUUUAUCCAAGGCACCGGUGCAGGAAAAUGCCUGGGAAGAUGAUUACAAGAAGGAUGACGGUGUUCAAUAUGGAAAAAGUGCAACCAAAGAAGUUGCUUCUCGUUUUGAUAAUAAGUUUGCCUCUAACCCUUCUAGUGGGAAGUUCCCUGAACGUUUGAGCAAUAUAGAUGAAACUCAGAUAAGUCCUACCAUGGAGAAUGUAGUUUCUCCCAAAGAUCAUUCUUUAAUACAGAAGAUAGAAGGUUUAAAUGCUAAUACAUGUUCUAGUAGACGAAAAGAGGAGGGUUUUCAUAGGGUGGGGCCAAAUGACAGGGUGCAAGUGAUCAAUGCCAAGGAUUAUCGAUCAGCAAAUGAAACUAAUUCUGAUGUUGUUCUGGAACACCAUCAUCCCACUGGAGUCCGUGUCCCUCUUUCACGUAGUGAAGAUGUUUCGGCAGCUGAUAGAAGUCGUGAAUCAUCAGAUUCCCCCAGGAGAUCUGUACGUGGACCACAAAGUAGAGGAGAUUCUCAUUCAAAGGGAGGGUUUCAUGGGCAGGAUGCUGAUGUAUGGGGAAAGAAAUCAGAUUUUCCAUCUCUGCAAGCUGCUUCCAGAUCAGUUGCUAACAAUCAAGUUGGACAACACAAUGCAGCUGUACAGACUGAUAAACCAUCAAGGACAAAUGUUAAGGCGAAAGGUGAUGGGGAAUCUAAUGUGUCCAGUAUUGAUCCUAGUGAUAUGCAGCGUGCUAAAAUGAGAGAGAUAGCAAAGCAACGCGCAAUCCAGUUACAAAAGGAAGAGGAAGAGCGGGUUAGAGAACAGAAGGCAAAGGCACUUGCUAAACUUGAAGAACUGAAUAGGCGUAGUGCUACUGCUAACAAGGGUGUGGAAAAUCCAAAUCAGAGAGAACCUAUCCCACCACCUGGCGAUGUUCCAAAGAAGCAAGAUGUUUCUAGCAAUCAGUCUGGUUCAAGUGUGGAUGCCAAUCACGGCACUGGGUCAUUCUCAGCUUCUCCUAAUAAUGUCCCUCAGAUUAAUGAAAGAAGUGCUAGUAAAAUCAUGGAUUCUGUUGUAUCUUCAAGUCACCUGGUUGCUGAGACCAAGAGAAGUUCUUAUCAGGAGGCUAAAAUGAGAGAGAUAGCAAAGCCAUGCGAAAUCCAGUUACAAAAGGAAGAGGAAGAGCAGGUUAGAGAACAUAAGGCAAAGGCACUUGCUAAACUCGAAGAACUGAAUAAGCGUAGUGCUAACCACGGUGUGGAAAAUCCAAAUCAGAGAGAACCUAUCCCACCACCUGGUGAUGUUCCGAAGAAGCAAGAUGUUUCUAGAAAUCAGUCUGAUUCAAGUGUGGAUGCCAAUCACGGCACUGGGUCGAGCUCAGCUUCUCCUAAUAAUGUCGCUCAGAUUAAUGAAAGAAGUGCUAGUAAGAUCACGGAUUCUGCUGUAUCUUCAAGUCAUCUGGUUGCUGAGGCCAAGAGAAGUGCUUAUCAGGAGGCUAAAAUGAGAGAGAUAGCAAAGCAACGUGCAAACCAGUUACAAAAGGAAGAGGAAGAGCAGGUUAGAGAACAGAAGGCAAAGGCUCUUGCUAAACUCGAAGAACUGAAUAGGCGUAGUGCUAACCAGAGUGUGGAAAAUCCAAAUCAGAGAGAACCUAUCCCACCACCUGGCGAUGUUCCAAAGAAGGACGAUGUUUCUAGAAAUCAGUCUGAUUCAAGCGUGGAUGCCAAUCACUGCACUGGGUCAAGCUCAGCUUCUCCUAAUAAUGUCGCUCAGAUUAAUGAAAGAAGUGCUAGUAAAAUCAUGGAUUCUGCUGUGUCUUCAAGUCACCUGGUUGCUGAGACCAAGAGAAGUGCUUAUCACGAGGCUUCCUUUUCGUCACAGAAUCAAUUGCCAACAGCUGAUAUUAAUGUUGAUGAUGAUGCUAGUCACAGAACUGCACCUCAAGUUUGUGAAGUCUCUAAGCAGGAGCAAGGAGGUAAAAAACAAAGGCAAAGUGUUCCUCCAGAAAAGAACUCUGUACAAGAUACAAUUCCUGCUGGUAGAACAGAUGUCUUGAUGGAUCUGAAGGUUGCAAGUACCACCCGAGAAGUUACUGGUAGUUUUGUUGAUUCAGGGGUUGGAAAAGAGCAGGCUGAAUCACCUUUUACUGCUGAUUCGCCUGUUCAAAAGAAGAAGAUCCACAAGACUUGGAAGAACAUACACAAGGUUGAGGAGUCAUCAACAGCUGUUUCUUCACCGGUAACUCAACCGGAGGAUUCGAAUCUUGCUCAAGCUAUCCCCAAAAGUGCAGAGCAGAGUUGUUCCAGCUUGCCUGUUAAUUCCUUAUCCAUGCAGUUGUCAGCUGAUCCUAAAGAUGUUACUCAGUCCUCAGAAAACCCCUCUUCGUUAUCUCGUGAAGAUACUCAUGCUAGAGUUAAUAGUGCCUGGAAAGCUCAACAGUCUCGUAAGCCUUUGUUGAAUAAUAGGGCAUCAGAAAGCCGUGUUGGGCCUUCAUCAUCUCAUUCUUCUAUUAAUGUAAAGGAUUCUAGUAGGCCAACAGCACAAAGCCAAUUCCCAGGUGGCAGAGGGAGGAGAUUUGCAUUCACUGCUACAAAUCCUUGUGCUAGGUCGUCUUCUUUUCCAAAUGAGGCAUCUCGUUCAGAUACCAAUGGAUUUCAGAGGAAGCCACGGCGUGGUCCACAGAGGUUAGAAUUCCGCGUGCGUCAGACUGCUGAUGAGAAGCAAUCUUCUGCAUUGCCUUCUUCCAGUUAUUCUGGACUGGAUGCCAAGUUGAAUUGUGUAGGGAAGGGUAACACGACACUGCCGGAAAGUGGGUUGAAUAAUUACUCAGCGUCUGGUAAACCAAAACAAUCAGUUGAUUCAGAGAUUUCAGUCUCAGCUCAAAUUCAGGAGACUGGUUCUGGGACCAAAGUAGACAAGACGGCCCUUAACGAAACAGCAGCAACCAGUGGGAUACACACUUCACAGCGUGGUGCUGGAAGCUUGAAAAGAAACAUUGAUUCAGAAGAUGAUGUUGAUGCUCCCCUACAAAGCGGUAUCGUGCGCAUCUUUAAGCAACCUGGUAUUGAAGCCCCUAGUGAUGAAGAUGACUUUAUUGAAGUCAGGUCAAAGAGGCAAAUGCUUAAUGAUCGACGUGAACAGAGAGAAAAGGAAAUCAAGGAAAAGUCAAGCAACAUGAGAAAGGCUCAGCGAAAAUCUCGGCCAGCAGCGCAAGUCACUGCUUCUGCCACUGCCAGAAGCACAAACAUUGCCAGAAGCACAAACAGAACUGCUGCACCAUUGAACGCACAAGCAACAAAGAAUUCUCACUCAGUUGUCACAUCAGAAAGAGGGUUGUUAAACAAUGAUGUAUCUGCAACAUUGAAUGGUGUUGGAUCCCAAUCAUUAGCUCCAAUUGGAACUCCUCCUAUAGGCGCUGAUUGUCAGACUGAUGGCGAAGCCCAAACUGUGAAUUUACCACAAACAAGUUCCUAUUUAGAUAGUGGGAAAACUGUUGGAACCGAUGUUCCUGACCCGGCUUUUGAUGCUCAAAGGAAGGUUGUUGAUGGAGUUCAGUCAUCUAUUGGUUCUUGGGGUGGUCCAAGCAUUAAUCAGCCGGUUAUGGCCUUGACACAGGCUCAACUUGAGGAGGCUAUGAAACCUGGCCAUUUCGAUACACAUGUAAUAACUUUUGGUGACCGUGGUAGUUCAGUAAAUGACCCAGGCAUGCCAUCAUCAUCUGUCCUUGCCAAAGAUGGCCCAUUUUCUUCAGCAACUAAUCCAAUUAAUUCUCUCCUUGCUGGGGAAAAAAUACAAUUUGGUGCAAUCACAUUCACAUCUCCAACAAUUUUUCCUCCUAGCACACAUGUUUCACAUAUCAUUAGGCCUCCUGCUUCUCUCCCGUUGGAUGUUCAAAGUCCCCAAACUAUGUCUGCAUCGCAGAAUAAUUGUGAUGUUCUUUUUGAGAAAGAGAAGCAUCCUAAUGAGUCUUGCUCGCCUUCAGAGGAUUGUGAAGCUGAAGCAGCAGCUUCAGCUGUUGCUGUUGCUGUUGCUGCUAUCAGCAACGAUGAAGUUGUUGGGAACGGGAUUGGUAGCUGUUCAACUGCCAUUUCCGUUCCCCAAAGCUUUGGUGGUGCUAACAUAAACAGGAUUGUGACAGGCAUCUCCGGUGAUCAGCAUGCAGCGAGUCAAUCAAAAUCAAAGGCUGAAGAGACUUUGAGUGUAUCUCUCCCUGCGGAUCUAUCAGUGGAGACACCACCGAUCUCAAUAUGGCUACCUUUACCUAGUCCGCACGGUUCUUCCAGCCACAUGCUUUCACCAUUUCCUGGUGGUCCAGCUUCUCAUUUCCCAUAUUAUGAUAUGAAUCCUAUGAUGGGGGGUCCUGUCUUUGCCUUUGGCCCCCACGAGGAGUCUGCUCAAGCACAAUCACAGAAGAGCAGUGCACAGAAGAGCAGUGCAUCUAGUUCGGGGCCGUUGGGAACUUGGCAACAAUGCCACACUGGUGUAGAUUCAUUCUAUGGUACUCCUGCAGGAUUCACAGCCCCUUUCAUCAGCCCUCCUGGAAGUAUCCCCGGGGUACAAGGCCCUCCACAUAUGGUGGUUUAUAAUCAUUUCGCUCCCGUUGGGCAAUUUGGGCAAGUUGGCUUGAGUUACAUGGGAACUACCUACAUCCCCUCUGGGAAACAGCCAGAUUGGAAGCGUAAUUCUGCAACUGUCCUGGGUUGCAGUGAGGGUGAAAUGAAUAAUACGAAUUUAGUCCCUGUGCAGCCCAACGCUCCCAAUAUACCAGCUCAGGUUCAACAUUUGGCUCCUGGAUCUCCACUGCUAUCAAUGGCAUCGCCUUUGGCCAUGUUCGAAUUGUCACCUUUUCAGUCCUCACCUGAUGUCUCUGUCCACCCUCACUGGCCUCAUGUUCAACCGUCUGUUCAAACAGUUCCACAAUCCAUGCCAUUGCAGCAGCAACCUGAGGGUGUUCACACAGUUCCACAAUCCAUGCCGUUGCAGCAGCAACCUGAGAGUGCAGUACCAUCUCAAUCAAGUCAUGGAUCCACUGAUCACCAUUUAUUAAACACAAAUGGCUUCUCUAAGCCCCAAAUAUCGUCAUCACUUGAAGAUUGUCGAUCUUUUGCUAAUGCUGCUGCAACCCAACUCCCUAAUGAACUUGGUUUGUUAAAUCAACCGAUUUCCAAUGGUUCUGAAGCUUCGGCUCUUCCUGUGGGGAGCAAUAGCCGAUCCCGGGACUCUGUAGAGGUUGAUGCUUCUGCCGAAAGCUCGAGAAGCAAAAGGACUCCACAUGUUGCCAUUUCUGCCCCUAACAAGGCCCAGGCCCAGGCCCAAUCAACUAGACAAAAGAAUACAUCAGCGCAACAGCAGAAUCAUCACCAUCACCAUCACCAGAGAGGGGGAGGUCAGAAAAAUGGUUAUGGGGCAGAGUGGUCCAAUCGUAAAAUGGGAUUCCAUGGGAGGAACCACCCUUCAGGAGGAGAUAGAGGCUUUCCUCCUGCGAAGGUCAAGCAGAUUUAUGUUGCCAAGCAAAAUAAUAGCAGCGGAACUGGAACUGGUUCUGCUGUAUAAACAGGUGGUGAAGAGUGAAGACAGUUGCCUUGUAUCCAAAACCUCAAUGGUUGAACCAGAGGGCUAGUCAUUACAUCGAAGCAAUUUGCUUGACAAAGUCGAAGAUAUUGCCAUUUUAGGUGGUUUUAGAAGUACGUAGCUCUGUCAUCCUUUUCUAUGCCCUUUUAAUUUAACCUAGGGCUGUAAAAGUGAUGAUUUAGUGGCAAUUUCUAUACAACAAAGGAGAGUGGAGAACCAAGUGAAGUGUAAUUGGGAUUUAGAUUCGAUAUUAUAGGGAAAAAUAUUGUUUAUUUUAGGGAUUAAUUGGGGAUUUAUGUAUUGGUAUUGUCUCGAAUUAUAGCGUCGAUGUAUGGAUGUGUUGAAGCUCAUUUUUGGCUAGUGAUUAUGGGGUAGAAGUCAUUUCUUCAA